AUACGGGAGGUAUGGGCGCCGCAGCUCGAGGCCGAGAUGCGCAACAUACGGGAACUCAUCGACAAAUACCCCUACGUCGCAAUGGAUACUGAAUUUCCUGGUGUUGUUGCGCGCCCAAUUGGAUCGUUCAAGACCUCCUCCGAUUACCACUACCAGACGAUGCGGUGUAACGUUGACCUGCUCAAGAUAAUUCAAGUCGGCAUCACGUUAGCGGAUGAAGACGGGAACUAUCCCCAGGACGUGUCGACAUGGCAA